CGAUUCUUUUUCUCGACAGGUGACGACAGCGACAGCGUGCGGGGCGGUAAGGCAACGUUGACCACACCACCGGCUAAGGAGAAAAGGAAGAACUUCUUCAAGAAGCCGUCCUACGAAACGACCACACCUUACGACGUUGUACCAUCCAUGAGGCCUGUCGUGUUGGUCGGUCCAUCGUUGAAGGGUUAUCAGGUCACGGAUAUGAUGCAGAAGGCGUUGUUCGAUUACUUGAAGCACAGGUUCCGAGGCAGAAUAAUUAUCACAAGGGUAAUGGCGGACAUUUCAUUGGCGAAGAGAUCGUUACUCAACAAUCCAACGAAACGAGCGAUCAUGGAACGAUCCACCAGCAGAAGCAGCUGUUUGGCCGAGGUUCAAGCCGAGAUCGAGAGGAUUUUCGAGCUUGCCAGAACCCUUCAGUUGGUAGUGUUGGACUGCGACACGAUCAAUCACCCGUCGCAAUUGGCGAAGACCAGUCUAGCGCCGACGAUCGUCUACCUGAAGAUCUCCUCGCCCAAAGUGCUCCAAAGGUUGAUCAAGUCGCGGGGAAAGUCGCAGAUCAGACACCUGAACGUGCAGAUGGUGGCAGCCGAGAAACUGGCCCAGUGUCCGCCCGAGAUGUUCGACGUGAUCCUGGACGAGAAUCAGUUGGAGGAGGCUUGCGAGCACGUGGCAGAGUACCUGGAAGCUUAUUGGAGGGCCACGCAUCCCCAAGUGAUCCCGGCCGUGCCACGUCCUAUUCCUGCACCGGAUGCACCGGUCGACGUGCUCACACCCCGCGUCACAUCAGGUAUCACGUUUAUCUCGACGCGAUUCUGCUCCAUUAUGGUCGUAUACAUCAUCGUCGGGGAUCUCGUAGCCGUGGGGUGACGAACUGGCGGCCUG